GAGAAAAAAAAUAUUUCAUGUCUUGGAAGUAGUGCAUCAUGUUACAUAUCAUUUAGCCAAUUAAUUUUUAAGAUUUUCAAGUAUUUAUGGAUUUACUCUAUCUACACUAUUUUAUAAGCUCUAUAACCAAAGAUGAAAAUAAAUUUUCAGACCAUAAUAAAUAUUUUUAUACUGAACCAACAUAUUUCGAUACUGAAAAUGUGACCCAUUUUGAAUGUUUUUGGCACAGUUGAAUACUCUCUCUCUAUUGUUGAAUAUUACUAUCUCUCUUUCUCUCUCUAGGCAGAUAACGUUCCCUUUCUGUCUGGGCCACACAUGUUUUUAACAUUUCAGGAAGGCACGAGCAUGGCGUCUAACGAGGAAGAUGAUCUCCCUGCUUUGAAUCCUAAGCUUGCGGAUAUCAUGGAGGAGUCCGAAGUUGCAGAAUACAUAGAGAAGUACAACAAAUAUGAGGCAGACUAUGUUCGUAGAUUGAAAGCGAAGUACUUUUCAAGAAAAGCUUUUAAUGGAGGGAACAUAUUUGACAAGGAAACACCUAUCGAGGAUGAGAUCAUAAAGUCGAGCAGGUUGCCUUGCAUGAAAACCUACAAGGAUUCAAACUCGAACAGCGAAGAUCAGAGCCGAUCAUCAGCACCAUCAGUAGAUGCCUCCAUCAAUUUGCCCAGCAGGAAAUCUCAAUGUAGGAGGAGUGCAUGAAAAAUGCUGGCAACUAGUGUUAAUAUCCAUACUAACAUCGAUGACUCACUGUGAAUCUCUCAGAAUUCUCUUCCAUUAGUGUUAUUACACGUGUUCCAAGAUUUCGUAUUUUGAUUACUCACUUUCAGCCUUACGGAAUUGUCUUCUCAUAAUGUUGUUAUGUAUGUGUACCAGCUUUUGGUCCCUAUAUUUCUCGUCCUAGGUGCUAGUGAAGUGCGCACGAUGCCAUGGAUUAGUUAGUAUUAUCGAAAGGUCUUCUUGUGUU